CCUCCCUCUUCGAGGCUUCCGCUUCCGGUUCUGACGGACGCUUCGGCCGUAACGAUGAUCGGGGACAUCCUGCUGUUCGGGACGCUGCUGAUGAACGCCGGGGCGGUGCUCAACUUUAAGCUGAAAAAGAAGGACACGCAGGGCUUUGGGGAGGAGUCGAGGGAGCCCAGCACAGGUGACAACAUCCGGGAGUUCCUACUGAGCCUCAGAUACUUCCGCAUCUUCAUUGCGCUGUGGAAUGUCUUCAUGAUGUUCUGCAUGAUCGUGCUGUUUGGCUCCUGAGCCCCAGAUAUAUGCCUUCCCGGGAACCAGGAACCAGGAACCACCUUCCCAGAUGCCGGGUCUCCCUUCCUCCGUUCCUGAUGACUUCAAGAAUGGUUUUGACUGGAAAACCAGCGAUCUUCCCAGAAAGCCCAAGUUCGUGGUGGGUGGAAAAAAAUGUUCGCCAAGCUGCACACGGUUUCCCAGCCACGUCAUUGUUUUCUUUUCAAAGAUCUUUUCACUUUGGUCUCUCCUCUGAAAUGCUGACUACUUAAGGAGUUUGAGGAGGGCUUAUGGAAGGGGAAUGUGAUAACAUUGCAUUCCCUACGGAUAAAAGAACAUGUCUAGAUUGUUUUUUUAGAUUGGAAUUCCUCUUCCAAGCUUCCGCUAGAAACCCACUUCUGGAUAUUUCUCUGUUUAUUUUUAACAACCAUCCUUUUUGGUUCCAAUUACCCAAGUUUUGAAAAAAUCAUUUUUAUCCAGGGAUCUGAAACAGAAAGGUUGGCUUUUGAGUUUGAUGGAACCUCUUUACUGGACUGUAUUUACGAAUAACAAGCAAGUUCAUUGUUGCUGGGCCUGUGUCCAAAUUCCUUUCCUGUCUCGAUGGGCUCUGCUUGGCCACUCAGUGCAGCUGAGGUCAUCCCCAGGACUUUAAGGGUGAAGUAUUACCGAUUCCCAUGGAAGAGAGGUACAGAGCAGGCAGAUGUGGGUGUUAGGAGAAACUUCGCCUUGCCUUGAAGCCCUCUGUUAAAGUCACUUUUGGGGCCAUUAAUUGUAUCAUUUUUGGAACGAGGGUGCCGUCCAUGGAGGGUAUCAGGACCCAGUUCUCAAAGUUUGGAAUUCUGGGUCUGAUUUUCAAGUGAGUGAUUUCAAGGUUGAAAAACAAGGAGCCUCACUCGAGGAAAUCUAGCAUUUUGCACAGAAUCUUCAUUGAAAGGGAGGCCUUUUAUUGCCAAGACGAAAUGCCGGUGGUCAGCACCCAGAUCCUGCCGGUGUUUGAUUUGUUCGUUGUGGUUUUUGAAAUCCUGAUUUGUAGGUAAACCUGACGGGAGGAAGAAGUAACCAAGUAAACCUGUAGACUUGCAGAACUGAGUCACAUUGAAAAUAAAGCUCAUUUCUAAAAAGGA